AUGGCAGUGACUAAUGAUAGCACCGCUGAGGUUUUGUUGAUGUAUCAACAAUUGUUUCAGGUUGCAAUGACUGAGGGGCCGAUAUCAAGAGUUAGUUUUACAUUAAUAAUGUCACUGUUCUUUACUUAUUUAAAUUGCACCAUGGUGUACACUCUUUGGAGGAAGCCAAUUUUUAAAGAAAGCUCACGUUAUAUUCUGUUUACCCACAUGCUUCUUAAUGACUCAAUACAUCUCCUUGUUACUUGUUUAUUGUAUGUUUUCGGUCUGGCAUUCUUCAAGAUAGUCAAGGCUACUUGUGGUUUUAUAGUGUUUGUUUCGGUUAUUACUUUCAAUAACACACCUUUAAACCUGGCUGUGAUGUCACUAGAGCGUUAUGUGGCCAUAUGCUUUCCUCUAAGACAUGCUGAAAUAGCCACUCAGAAAAGAACUUAUAUUGCUAUUGGAGUCAUUUGGUUUAUUGCUUCCAUAAACUUAAUAAUUGACUUGCUUUAUGGAGUGGUGAUGGAUUCUAACUUUUUUACCUCACAAGUAAUGUGCACAAGAGAAAGACUCUUCAUAAAGCAAUGGCAAGUAGAUGUUUUUCAGGUAUUUAACAUAUUCUACUUUGCGUCAGUGACUGUGAUCAUCUUUUUCACUUAUAUCAGCAUAGUAAUCACAGCCAGGUCCAUUUCCUCCAAUAAAGACUCUGCUACAAAGGCCCACAAGACUGUGCUGCUGCACCUCGUUCAGCUGGCCCUGUGUCUCACCUCUUUUCUCUAUGGUUUCUUAGAGCGAGCUGCAGCAAUGGCCACCACCAGCAGCAGCCUCUUCAUGGACCUGCGUUAUCUAAGCUUUUUUUUUGUGUUGAUCUUGCCUCGCUGCCUAAGCCCACUCAUCUAUGGACUGAGAGAUGAUGCUGUACGGCCCUUAUUCACCUACUACUUUUGCUUUGCAAUGGGCAAAUGCAAGUCUACAGUCAAUGUACACUGA